AUGGCAUCUGGACAGCACGCAGCGGAGGGUGCCGAGCACGAGGCGCUCGCCCUGGUGCUCGAGCACCUCGUAUCGGCCGGGCCGGUGCACAAGACCCCCGACAAGCUCCAGCCGGGCACCUCGGACCACAACGCCAUCACUCCAGCUCCGAUCUCGGUUCAGGGUCACACGCACUGGUGGGGUCGCUUCUUUCCUGGCCACAUGGAGUCGACGCUGGACCGGCUCUUCGCCGCCCACCACAUGGGCAACUAUGUGGCGGUACGAGGGCAGCCGGGCAAAAGGAUCUUUGAGAGCAUGCCGAUCUACGUGCGUGUAGGCAUGCAUCUGCUGUUCUACAAGAGCAAGGAGCAGUCGUUCCUGCGCUACAAGUCGGUCGAGGAGCUGCUGCAGACCGUCUCGGUCCGACAGGGCAAGGUGUACGACGACGAGUCGGAUCCACAGGCGGUGCUGGAGCAUAUCCAAAAGUUCAUCGCGACCUACUCGAUCGAUACGGCAGAGCUGCUGCAGCCGGAUCCGUCCAAGUAUCCGAACUUCAACUCGUUCUUCUUCCGCAAGCUGAGGCCGGGUGCCCGGCCGAUCGCCGAGCCGGAUAAUGCAUCGAUCGUGUCGUCUUGCGCAGACUGCCGGCUGACGGUGUUCGACAACGUGGCCGCAUCGACCAAGUACUGGAUCAAGGGUGACGGCUUCACCAUCAACAGGCUCAUCGGUGACACAAAUCUGGCAGACAGGAGCUUCCCUCCCGGCAGCUCGCUUGCCAUCUUCCGUCUGGCGCCGGCGGACUACCACCGCUACCACCACCCUGUCGGACCAACAGUGUGUGGACCAACACGACACAUCUCUGGGGAGUACUUUACCGUCAAUCCCCAAGCCGUCAAUGCCAAUUUCGACGUCUUUUCGUCGAAUCGCCGCGACACGCUGCUGCUCAACUGGACACCCAAAGGAGCCGGGACGCCAGUCAUCCCGGUCGCGUUUGUGGCGAUCGGCGCCAUGCUGGUGGGAUCGAUCGGGUGGACAAAUGCCAACCAGGGUACGAGUGUUCAGCGCGGCGACGAGAGCGGCUACUUUGCCUACGGCGGCUCCACCAUCGUCUGCGUCUUCCCGCCAGAGGCCAAGGUACAGUGGGACCUGGACCUCAAGGACAACUCGGCCAACGGCAUCGAGACGAUGGUGCGCGUGGGUGACCGCAUCGGCGUUUCCAACGCUUAG